CUGUUUCAGUUUGGUAGAACUCCUCUACACUUAGCUGCAGAACGUGGUCACGUAAUACUAUGCGAUAUUCUAAUUCGUCAUCGAGCGUUCAUUAAUAGCAAGACAAAGCUAGGCUAUACACCUCUGCAUUUCGCCGCAAAAUUUGGUCACCCGAAGUUAUUUAAUCUGUUGGUGCAGCAACAUAUGGCACCCACGGACGUAAUGACUAUGGAAAAUCAAACCCCACUACACAUAGCUGCCAAAUAUGGCCAAAUAUCAUUCUGCCAAGCACUGCUCAACUCACGCGCCAAUACGGCAGUGAGAGACAUUCGAGGACGAACGCCUUUGCACCUGGCUGCUGAAAACGACCAUCCAGAAAUUGUGCAACUUUUCCUCACAAAAUCGUCGAAUGAGGGAACCCUUGACAUUACGGACGAAAACGGACUUACCUGCGCCCACAUAGCUGCUCUAAAGGGCAGUCUAGCCGUAAUCAAAGGGCUGAUGACUAUCGAUCGAAAUAUGGUAGUGAAUGCGAAAACGAAGGACACCAACUCAACAGCAUUGCACAUGGCCGUUGCAGGAGGUCACACGGAAAUUGUACGAGUUUUGCUUGAAGGAGGUGCAUCACCACUCGAAGAAAAUUCACGAGGUAUGGCAGCACUUCACUUGGCUGCAGAACAUGGACACGUUGAUAUUUUGAACGUCAUAGACAAAAUCUAUUGGAAAAUUUGCAGCAAGAAGACCGGACUUAAUGCUCUGCAUGUGGCUGCCUAUUAUGGACAGAAAGAAUUCGUCAGAAACAUUUUGGUGAAUGUUUCAGCAACUUGUAAAUCUGAACCUCCUGGCGAAUCUAAUCCGCUGAUUGUGAAAGAAAUGGCUUCAGAGUACUGCCUGACGCCGCUGCAUAUGGCAGCUCAGUCUGAGCACGAAGGUCUAAUACGACUGUUGCUGAACGUUCCAGGAGUUCAAGUGGACAUGCCAACGGCAACCAUGAAUGUAGUGCCAUUGCAUCUGGCAGCACAUUCCGGCCACUUGGCGGUGGUCGGACAACUGUUAAGCCGAGGUACCCAACAAAUCAAUGCCAGGGAUUAUAAGGGACGAACUCCGUUGCAUAUUGCUGCCAGUGAAGGUCAUUUCGAAACCGUUUCUCUGCUCUUGUCACAAGGGGCAACCAUAAACAUCAUGGAUCAGGUAAUGAGCACGCUUGUCAAUCACUGUAAAAGGAGUGUGCCAAGAUACCUAUUUAAGAACGGUUGGACACCCAUGCACUUCGCCACCAUCGCCGGUCACCUAAAGGUAAUCAAGUUUCUCAUAGAACGUGGAGCUGAUCCGGCUGCAGAAUGCUUAGAAGGGAAAAUUCCCAUGUGUUUUGCUGCAUCUAACAACCGCGUAGAUUGUCUCAUGUAUCUUUUGAAACAGAAGUAUGACACCUAUCAACUGAUGGAAAACAAAAAGUUCAUAUUUGACUUAAUGGUGUGCGGGAAGAAUCAUCGAAACAAGCCGAUCGAAGAAUUCAUCAUGAAUUCUGCAGCUCCGAUUAACACUGCCAUCAACCUGAGCAGUCUUUAUAAGGUUUAUGCUGCGAAAGAGAAGGAACGAGCUCGUGAUUUAAAUCUGAUGUCUGAAUUCUGUGAAUGCAUUGCUGUAGAGUUGAUGUCUAUCACGGCCAGCGAGUUUAAUCCCGCUCUGAUCCUGAAGUCACUUAAUCGGCAGGGUCAACCACUGAUCGAUGUGCUUAUUGAACACAACCAGAAAGCGGUCGUCUCUCAACCAUCCUUCGUCUGUCAUCUUGUAUCGCACAUCUAUUUUACACUAUUUCUUACCCUCGAGGUACUCUGCGUACUGCGACCAAUCUAUGAAAUAUCAAGUCCAAUUCCAAACUGGUUUGAGUGGAUCCUGCUACUUUGGUUAAGUGGUCAACUUGUUUCUGAGCUAAGUCCGUUUGGAGGCAACUCUUCUGGCUUCAUCCGGCUAAUCAUCAUUUUCCUCAGUGGUAUGGCGACUGUCAUUCAUGUAGUAGCAUUCACGUACCCUUCAAUGUUCAUGCAUGAUAGUUCAAAUGAAGUCAAACUACAUUUCACCCGUUCCGUGUUGUAUCUCCAAAACCAAAUGAUGGCACUCGCACUGCUGAUCAGCUUCGUUGAAUUCCUCGAAUUUCUUACCGUACACCACUUGUUCGGUCCGUGGGCAAUUAUCAUACGCGAUCUGAUGUACGACCUCGCUCGUUUUCUCGUCAUCCUUUUUCUAUUCAUGGCUGGCUUUACCGUCGCUGUCGCGUCAGUUUAUCAACCAGCCUUUCCAAAUUCUGCUUCUGGAGCAGCAGCCACUAACAUCAGCAUAUUGACCAUUGCGCAGCUACUGUUUUUCUCCUUAUUCGGCCAGGUAACGGUCGACAAUAUGCCUACCAUUGUUUUCUCGCCGAGUCUGGGAACGACGAUCAUCAAAAUCGUCUACGGAGUGUAUCUGAUCGUUUCCAUUAUCGUCCUGAUCAACCUGCUCAUUGCGAUGAUGUCGGACACCUAUCAACGCAUACAAGCCCAAUCUGAUACGGAAUGGAAGUUCGGACGAGCGAAACUUAUCCGGCAGAUGAACAAAAAGUCUUCGACACCGCCUCCAGUGAAUUUGUUCACAAAAUGCUACGUCUUGCUGAAAGUAGCAUUCAGGAAUCGAUGUUAUGUCAUAUGA